GAUAAAGGAUCUCUCUUCAGUUUUAACCAUCGAGAAAAAUUAAACUUAUCCCGGAAGUUGGUGUUGACGCUGUUUACUUACACUAGGUCCGUGCGUGAGGAAAAGCUUCCAGCUGAUGUCGAGGACAGGGUCUUCGUCACCACCCACGCAGUCGAUGGUGAACGUGCAGAAAUAUUUAUUUAGAAGAAAUUUCCUUCAGUAUAUUUAGAAGGAAAAUUCAAUUUCUAAACAGAUUUGUGACAAAAUCUGACACCAUGAGAAAACCACUUGAAGUUACACUAAUAGUCAUGGCUUGGCUACUGUGCAAUCAUCCAACACCAGUGGCAACUGAUUCGCAGAUAAAGGCUCUCAGGCAUAACCAUAGGUUGUACCGGUCCCCUCAUGAAAAUACCCCACUCACUACAAGCGAUCCACAUGGUGGGGUUCCCAUGGGAAUAUCCAAUUCAUUGUGUGAUGAUGCAGAGACUUACCUAGAGGUUGAUUGGGAUCCAGCUUCCAAACAAGAAUACACCUGUGAUUCUGAGAGUGCUCUAAAACCGGAAGAGGGCAUUGUUAGAGAAGAGUGCUCAGAGCUGAAACAGCCUCUUCACCAAUGUUUACCCGAUCCCAUUGUCUACUCAGAAGCCAUUCCAACUAGUGGAGCUCAUCGACCACUGUGGCCACGGUAUGGAGAGUAUGACUAUGUGCCACCCCAGCGCUGGCUUCAUAGUCUUGAGCAUGGGGGCAUUGUUUUUCUGUAUCACCCUUGUGCUGAUGCAAAACAAGUUGAGCAGCUGCGAGAAAUAGCCAAAGGAUGCCUCUACAAACACAUCAUCACACCCAACAAAAAUCUUUCCCUGGACACCCCAUAUGCUGCCUUAGCCUGGGGCUGUAAGCUGCUGAUGAGCUCUGUGGUUCCCUCCAGAGUUGUAACUUUUAUCAAGGAACAUGCUCUAAAAGGUCAUGAAGGCCAUGUGAAUGCAGAUGGCCAGUACAGCAAGGCCCUGAGAGUCCCUGCAACACACCAGCUUUAUGAGGAAGACACUGAGGCCAGCCUUUGCCACAUGCUGACCAGUGAAGGAAAUAAUAAUCAGGACAGUUUAGCUGUCCAUGGUGAAGAUGGCAAAACCUUUUCCAGUACUGGUGAAACAAAAUCAAGCUCUGAUAGGUAUUUCUCCUCAGUAUCAGAUAUUGUAAACCGGAUUGCAGCUGAUUCUGCAAGAAGACGCAGUCGUCUGGAUGAGGAAUCAGCGAAACUGAAUCGGAACAUUCAAAAGCUGAUAACUGCCUUUCGUAAGUUCCAGCAAUAGGUACUUGCUGAUCCAUGGACUAAAGUCCUCCUGAAAGAUAUUGGAAAAAAAACUUUUCUCGAAGAUGCUUGCCUUUAUCAUAGUGUAUUUAUGACAAUGAAAAGCAUAUAGUCAGAUAGUAUAAAAUGUGUUUACUUUUCUGAAGACUGUUAUAUAGAUUACAUUCUUAAAGAAUGUUUUAUAUAAUAAGUUGUAAGACAAGGUACUUCAUUAACCAAAGAAUUUAUGGGAACCUACUGUGAAACUGAUAAUUUAUUUUUAAAUGUUUCAGUAGCCACACUGGUCUUUUAUUUUUCUUGUAACUAAUUUAAGCUACUUGUCGCCAAAAAAAUUGACAUUAAUGACACUUCAAAUUGUUGGUAAUUAUUUUCUGUCUUGGGUAUGGCCUGUAUAAGUAAUCAUACCUAAACCUUAUACAUGUAGUGUCCUUUUUGUUGGCUCUAGUCAUUUCCCCUCUUUGCAGGACUCUAGUCAUUUCCCCUCUUUGCAGGAUAUAAAAAUAACUUGUUGAUUUGACUUGUUUUUGCUCUCUGUUGACUCCUUCCAAAAUAUUUUAAACAUAAUGAAGGAGUAGAACAAAAAUAAUUUGUAGAAGUCUAGUUUUACUGCCUACAAAAUAUACUUGAUCUCAACCACUCAAUAGGAUUCCAUUUUCAUUGUCUCAAAGGAUAAAUUUGCAUUGAUUUUUGUCAUAGUCUUUCCAUUCAUCCUUACAAGUUAAAUCUGUACCUCCUUUGUGUAUGUCUUUUGGAAACUGUGAUAACAAGCUGGAACUAUAUUACAUUAACUAUUUAUAGUAAGUUAAAAUAAAUUUAUGGAUCUGUUUACCCAUGACUUUUGUCUGUGAGAUGAUUUAGCUGUUGUACUGUUGUUUUUCUAAAAAUUGUUCCCAGAGUACAGGUAAAGAUUAUAAGCUUACUUGUUAUAAUAAAGCAGUAGAAUAUCUGUAGUUACAAAAAAUGAUAAAUAUUAUGCAUCCAUACUGAUAAAAAUUUGUUGUCUUCCUCUCAGGUUAAAAAGCAGAUAAAUGGAAUGGAUAUUAUUUGAGUUAAGUGAGCCUUUGAUGCAGAACUCUGAGAAGUGAAUAUAAGUUGACAAUCAGUGAACCUGUUACAAAAGUACAUUCUGAAUGACAAAUGUUAGAAAAGGCCUCACACCCUUUUUUUUGUUGUUGUUUUUGUUUUUGUUUUGAGAAAGUAGAAAGAGCUCAAAAGACCUUAGCUUCAAGUUCAUUACAACUGACAAUACCAGGUCAUUAUGAUGAUACAUUUCAUCAGAAGCUUGAUUGACCCAUUUAUCUUCGAAAAGUCAGGUAGAAAAUUUCAGCAAUAUCUUGCUGCCAGGUUGAACUAGUGAUUCGAUUAGAAGUGCCUAACUCUCUGUUACCAAGUGAAAGACUUUCUGUGCAGAAAUUUGCAUCAGUUGCUUGAAGUGAAUCACUGCAGUACAGUACUAUAGACCAUCUCAGUCUGGCUCCUUACUUCUCCAUUGGCACACCUCUGACACAGUUUGAAAGAUUUUCCUAACAUUUGCUUUUUACAAUCGAAUUUUGCCAUUGGUUUGAUUCCUAGCCUUUGCCAAAAUCAAUUUAUCUGUCAGAGUUGCAACUAAACACAAAGAGUAAUAUUGUGAGAGUAACUUCAUCCCUUAUACUUGUUUGCCAUAAUUUUAAUUACUGGCUGCUGUAAGUCAAACAGAGAAUAACUGAGAACCAAUCACACUGAAGCAGUCGACUUUUCUGCUUUAUAUUAGAAGAGCAGCAACAUUUAACUCUUCUGAUGUUCUGUAGACUGUUAUGUAGUAUGAUACAUUCCCCAUAUACUUUCUUACCUAUGAUGCAGAAAAAUUCAGUAGUUAAUAUUUGGAAGUACACAUACUCAUUUACAUGUAUCCCCCUUUUUAAUUGUAUGCUAGAUUUAGCUCAAUUUUUUUUCUUUUUUACUUAUAGACAUGUAUUUUUAAGUUGAAGGAGUGGGAUACCUUGACAGAAAUCACUUUCAGAAAAUAUGGAUGUAUGUCAUGGAGAUGGACUUUCUGAAAUUUGUUUAUACAGCUUUCAUGAGAAGCAAGCCUUGUAAUUUAUAUCUGAAGCUAUGUAACUGACAUUUACAGUGUCUAGAAGACAAUCUCUAAACUUUUUUUUCACAUUGCAGACAUGUUAUGCAGGUUAACGUCAAGUCGCUUGGCGAUUUUGAUGUGAAGGAUAUAACUGAGUCACUUGCAUUUUAAAGAGAAAAUCUAAGCUGUAAAAUAACUACAGAUAAGUAGACUAUUUCUUCAACGUGCAAUAAUUUUUGCUACAAAUAUUUUAUUUACUUUGAUUUGCAUUCUUUCAGAUAUUUUUUGUACUUCUUGUACACUGAGAUCUCUUAGAUUAUAUACAGUUUUAUGUUAAGUCGUACAUCACAAUUUUUCAGUUUCUGCUGCUGUGCAUUUGGUUGUCAGAUUCUAGGAAUGUAUGUGAAGAGAGUAUUGUGAUAAUCACGAACUAAUAUCCUAUACGCGUCCUUGGUGAUAAUUUUGAUAAUUUAAGAGGAAAAACACUGAGGAAUAUCCACGCUUUUUAAAAAACAUUGUAGUUUUACAUUGCUGUUUAUUGAUUUUUUGUUUGUUUGUGUUUGUAGGGACAUCCUUAGUGUGUUUGUUUUUUUUUUCAAAAUUGUGCAGGCUGCAUGUGCGUUAAAAAAUACUUUGACACCUUAAAGUAACAGAGUAUUGAGCCCAAGCAUGCCAGUCUUUGUCCUUGUUCAACAAUUGGUUAUGGCCAGUGAAUAGAAAUUUAUCUCGAUGCUUUUCCACAUUCCAGUUUUGUCAUCUAUUCAGGAAUGAGUUGCAUUUACAAAAAAUUAAAAUUUAAAGAAAUUAAAACCAUGUAUCUUUGUACAGUACUUUAAAAACUUUUUAUCUAGUUUACAUCAGAGGUACCCGACCUACAGCCCGCAGGCCACAUCCCACAUCCGGCCCGCUCAUCUUAGCCAGACACAACAUAAUAUUUUAUUUUUAACAUCAUGAUUCUGGCAAAACCACCAUGUUCUAGCCUGCGAGACUUUCUAUUGAGUCCAGUGCGGCCGUCAGGUGAAAAAAGGUUGGGCACCACUGCUUUACAUUAUACAUGAUAUACUCAUAGAAAUAUAAUAGUCAUUGUUAAUCCAGUUAUCUAUUUCACUGUUGUGUUAUUGAUGUUAUGCCUGCAACUUUCUCUAUGCAUUUUAAUUUUACAUCGUUGAAUUACUUUUAAAAAGCCGAAUACAUGUAUAAGGUAUGCUCAAGUUUGCUUCUUUGAAUUCAGUAAAAUAAAUUUCAGUUAUUUCCAUACUUCUGUUGAACUAGGAAAAUUUAAUACCUGAAUGGCUAGAUGAAAGCGACUUAAAUGUGCAGAUAUUUUUAAUGAAAAUAUAGAAGAUAUGCAGACAUUAUGGAACAUGCAUAAGACAUGUCUUGUGAUCUUAGAAAAGAAUUAACUUUUUGAGUCUGUCCAGACUGAUGUGUGUCCCUUCUUAUCAAAAUUUAGAUGGAGCCCAGAAAGUACAAAAGGAUAAUUAUUAGUCAAGUUUAUAGGUAGUGCACCUCUUGCCUCGUAUGUUACUUAUGUUGUUCUUACAGAAAAAUGUGCUUUUCUCUUUGUCAUACUUCGCUUGUCAAGCAUCAACUUGCCUUUUUCUUGGAGAAAUGUAGAUAAGGUUAUAAAGUUCAAGUUGUGAAAGAACACUUUGCAAAAAAAAAAAAAAAGAAGUUUAUCCUAAACACUUCCCCUGAGGACAACCGAAUGUUUUUUCUGGAAGAUGAUAAAGUUACACUGUGGUUCUUAUAUUUUCUUCUCUCAAUUCUAGUAGAAUUAUGACAACAUAGUACAAAGAACAAUUAAAGUCUGUGUAUUUAAAA